CAACCCCAGACUUUCUCGUUCACUUGCGAAACCAUACAAAGUAGUACACUCAUCACUACACAGAAAUGUUACUGGUAUUCCGCCUGCGGCCCAUGUAUAUUGCAUGUCAUUCAGUGAUACCUUCCAGGACACUUUUCGGCUGGUUCACGAAAUAUAAUAAGAGGCUAAUUUACCCUCCAAGUCCCAAUCAAAUCACGACCAAGAAUAGGUUAUUUCCCACAUACAUAGAGCGUCCUACCGAGUUGGGCACUGUUCUUUUGGGAAAAGAGCCACUCUUACUCAAUUUCACCUUUCCAGGGGAUGAGAAAUGUAAUCAAGUGACGCUGACACUUUUUGACGUUUUAUCGGAUUCAAAGAAAUAUCCGUUGGACGAGUCCAAAUCUGUGGCAUUGGCGAAUAUUGCAUGCGAUUCGCCUGGUGGAAGAGAGCUUCAGCAAACGUAUGCAGUGAGCAAAAUUCCCACCAUAGUGUUAUUGAAAAAACAAAUGGAAGCCGAUCGUUUCAUUCCUACGUCCAGUAAACGCGUGGGCGACGAAUUGGUGGGAUUUAUCAAGGGCAUAUAUUAGUCCGUGAAUCAUAUCCAUAAAGCAAGUCUUACUACACAUAUAGGAAUACACAACAACGUUAUAUUGAACAAGCAUAACAGAUCUCGAG